AUGAGCCAGGACAACGAAAGCGAUCAAUGCUUUUACUACUCGGACAAGAACCCCGACCCCACUAAUUCAGAGAUCGCUAUGAUCGUAUUUGCCAUUGUAUACACACAUAUCUUCGUCCUCGGCCUGAUCGGCAACCUCUCCAUCAUGUUCCUGACCUUAAAGUACAAGCAUCUACGUACCGUCCAGAACAUCUUCAUACUAAACUUGGCGAUAUCAGAUGUCAUCGUAUGUCUACUAUCACUACCAUUCACGCCAGUAACGAGUAUCUACAAAGUAUGGAUGUUUGGUCAACCUAUAUGUCAUCUACUACCGUUGGUACAGGCUGUGUCAAUAUUUGUGUCAACUUUUUCUUUGUCCGCCAUAGCUAUCGACCGGUAUAAUUUGGUGGUGAGACCACAUGCAACACCUUUAACAUGUAAUGCGGCGCGAAAUGUGGCGGUGGUACUGUGGAUAAUUAGUGUGGCGGUUUCGAUACCGUACGCUUAUUAUAUGAGGCUGGAGAGUUAUGUGGAGUUGUGUGGGCAGGUGAGAAAAUACUUUUUUGUAACGCCCACCGUGUCUUUUUUUUUUCUAGUCGUUACACAAGUAAGGCUUGUGUUAAAGACCAACUGAAAUAACACGUUUGUAAACCAUAAAAAGAUGUAUACAUCCUCAUAGUUUUAAAUUGAUAUCAUGUUUUGACGCAAAGUUACAGUUAAUCAAAAAUGGCAAAAAACAAAAAAAGUUGGAAUCCGGCCAGAAAUUCUAUUUUUUUGCGUUUUCAACUGGCUGUAACUUUGUUGUAAAACAACAUAGCUUUACAAAACAAUGGUAAAAUACACUUGUUUCUCUGACUUUCAAUACAAUAUGUUUAAUUUUGUCUUUUAAAAAUUAAAAAACAGCAAAAAACCAAAAAAGUUCGAAGCCGGCCAGAGAAUUCUGACUUUUUUCAUUUUCAACCGCCUGUAACUAUAUUAACAAACAACAUAGCUUGACAAUACUGCGACAAAAUAUAUUCUUUUUACAGUCUACAUUAUGGUAUAGUCUAACUUGUCAUUUUACAAUUUAAAAUUGCGACAAAAUUUUAAAAAUUCAAAAUUUGCCCAAAAAAUUCGGACUUUUCUAGUUUUCAGCAAACUGUAACUUUUUUGUUAAACGAGCUAUUGUAACAAAACUUUAGGAACAUAUAGUGUUUUUCAUGCUCUACAAAACAUAUAUUAAGGAUUAUUGUCCCAUUUUUUCAAAAAUUUUUAAAAAUGUUUUUUCUACGAUAUUAUACAUGAUUUUCAUACUAUUUUCAGUUCUGCACCGAGAUUUGGCCCUCAAAAUCGAUGCAAAGAAGCUACGCAUUAGUCGUACUGAUUAUGCAGUUCCUCCUGCCUUUUAUCACCAUGAGUUUUUGUUAUUCGACAAUCUUCUCGAAGCUUCGCGAACGUGCCAAUUCAAAGUUGAAGAAGCUAGACGAACGUUCCCAACUACUCAAUGUUCAUCAAGCGUUGGACAAAAAGGACAGUUUUAAGCUGAAAAAUGGGGACGAUACUCAACGUGCCAACUUAUUAGCUCAACAACGACGCACCACCACAAUAUUGGCUUCGAUGGUGUUGAUAUUUGGGUUGACGUGGCUGCCACAAAACAUUGUCACUUUGAUGUUGGAGUAUGAUGAAGACAUUUUUAACCAUGGGUACACGAAUUACACUUAUAUUGUGUCGAUGAUUGCGCAUAGGUAAGGCAAACUUAAAACAUUUUUUUAAUUUUUGAAAAAUUUUAAGUUUUCAAUAAUUUUUGUGGCAUUUCGUCACAUUUGUAAAUUUUCCAAUACUUUUCGUGGCAUUUCGUCACAUUUAUAAAAAUUUUGGAAAAAGCUAUUUUGAAGCAUUUUAACACUUAUAUAAAAUUUUUUAUAUCUUUUUUGACAUUUCGUUACGAAUUUUAUUUUCUAAUAAAACUUGUGGCAUUUUGUCAAAUUUGUAAAAUUUUUACAGAAUUUACAUUCAAUAUCAAUUUAAUUGCUAAGAAACAAUUUUAUGGCAUUAUAACACCUCAAUACAAUUUUACAAUAAAGUUCUAAGCAUUUCUUUACGACUUUUACAUUUUACAAUAAAAUUUGUGACAUUUUGUCACAUUUUAUAAAACUUUACAAAAACUAUUUUAUAGCAUCAUAACACCUCAUUACAACUUUUCAAUAAAGUUCUUAACAUUUUGUUCAAUUUUAAUAUUUUCUAAUAAAAUUUGUGGCAUUUCGUCACAUUUUUAAAUUAUUUUUAAAACUUAAGUUUUUGACAUUUUCACUCUAAGAAACGCAUGAAAACAUUAAAAAAAGUUUGAAAAACAAUUUCGGCACAGACAAAAACAAGGAAUGACCGUUCUAAAUCGAGUGCAAUUUCAGUAUUGCCAUGUUGACGAAUGUGGCGAACCCGGUGCUGUAUGCAUGGCUGAAUCCCACAUUCAAGCAAUUAUUUCUCCAAUUCUUCACCAGCAAAAAGCUUCCGGAUUCGGUGGAGAGCGGCGGGUGUCGGGCGCCGAAAGUCAGCACGGUGCCGCGUGAGUGUGUGGCCAAGCUGAAUGGUACUGAAGAGAAUGAGCCGCGGGCGGAUGUUUAA